UUUCAUUUUUGUUUUCGGUCGAUUUCGGAAUGUUUCGAUUCCGUUUUCGUAAUGCCGCUGCGGCUGUUGGCAGAUUUCCGAAGGCUUAUCCUUCGGAUACUAUGGUGGCCGUUCGGAAGAACCUCCGGUGGAUGUUUUUCCGGGUUGAAAUUAUCCUGUUUGAAACGGAAUUUCGAUUGGUUUCUGUGGUUUCAGGGCCGAAAACAAUCGGAGCGGCAAAAUUGGAAACAAGGACUUGUUAAGACACCUUCAAUCAUGCUGCUGUGGAUGCGCGGGAAGCUGGACAUGGCGCUGCAGUUUUUAAAUUAUCUCCCAUUUACAGGCAAGGUUACUCAGCACGGUCCACUGCGCUCAUUUGAUUUGCGCGUUCAGGAAAGCUGUUCUUUUGGUUGUCUUGAUGACGUUAAGACAAAUCUCCGCAAACCACCAUUGUAUUAUGGCGAAAUAAGAUCUAGCUAAUUGUUAAUGGAAACUCCGGAUGCCAAAGUGUUGACAUGCGACAUGCGAGACUGUUAAAACCGCUAAACUACCGAUGACAAAAUAACCGACGUAGAGUGUAAGUAAUAAAAAUGCUACUGCUUCCGCAU